GUGAGAUAGAAAAUAAUUUGACAAAAGUGAGGUUAGGUUAAAUUUUAUUUGUUUUCAAACAAACAAAAUUAUUUAUAAAAAUUUAUUGUCAAAUUAUUAUGAACAAAUAAUGUUACUUAACAAAAGGCGCUUAAUUAAAAGUUUGAGUUGAAAAAUCACUGUAUUACAAAGUCCAUUUAGUGUUGAUUUUUGAGACAAAGAAUGAGGGCCUCACUGAGUAAUAACGAGGACAAUCCAAUUGUUGUAAUGGACAAAAAUAGGAGAUCGCUUCUGUGUUUUGUAUUUCCCAGCAUUUUAGUGAUUUUUGCGGUGCUAGGAUUCUUUGAAGUAAUUGCCUUGAGUACAUUUAAACUUGGACUAGUCAUCUUUAUAAUACUCUUUGUGAUUUUACCUAUAAGCUACAAAUACUCAUACAAUUUCCAAAGAUCAACAGUAUUUUUAAAUUUUCUUAAUGUUCCUCGCUCUGCCGAUUACAUUCAUCCAGCAGAAAGUUAUAAUCUUAAAGGUUCCAGGAACCUCUAUGUAACUUUUGGCCAAGUCAAGCUGGGUACCUGGCAAAUAUUGCCAGAAAAUUUACAAAACAUCAACAACGCAGGCGAAGAUUUUUUCGACAAAAUCUUAGACGAUGGUCAAAAUGUUGUCAUUUACAACCAUGGAAAUGGCGGGUGUAGACUCACUGAACAUCGAAUUGAAAUGUAUAAAGUUUUAAGGAAGUUUUUUCACGUGAUUGCUUAUGAUUAUAGAAGCUAUGGUGAUUCAUCAGCAUUACCCCCAAGCGAGCAAAGCUUAGUGGAAGAUUGCUUAGCUGUUUUCCAAUGGGUCAGAAACCGAACAAAAAGUAACGUUUUUAUUUGGGGCCAUUCGUUAGGCACCAGCAUUUCCACUCAUGCAUUACUAAAGCUACAAACCAUGAACAUUCAAAUGCCUGUAGGACUUAUAUUGGAAAGCCCUUUUAAUAAUUUCAAAGAGGAAGUGAGCGAGUUUCCUUUGGCGAAAAUGUUUAAGUUUUUGCCUUGGUUCCACUCGACUAUUGUACAGCCAAUUUCGGAAAAUUUCAAUUUCGAUACUGAUAAGUACAUUUGCAGUAUUAAUAUUCCUGUUAUGAUAAUGCAUGCUGAGGAUGAUAAAGUGGUACCUUAUAAAUUAGGAUAUAAGCUGUAUAAGGAAGCUCAAAAGUGCAGAAUCAGAGGACAAGGACAAUUGAUAUUUCACUCAUUUAGUUCAAAAGGCCAAUAUGGUCAUAAGUAUUUGUGUAGAGCGCCAGAGAUUUUGGAUAAAAUAAGUAAUUUUAUUCAGUUGGCCCUUGAAACCAAAACCGACAAGAAACUUUAGAUUUUACCACUUUUUAUUCUUGUAUAUGUGAUUUAUUUUCUAGUAGUAAAAUGUCUUUUUUAUAUUAUGUUUUAUUUAAAAAUAUUAAAUAUUUCGUCAGGAUUCUA